GUCUCCGGAAGUGUGGUUGUUUAUCCGGUGUGUUCGGUACCGUUAGUGUGUGUCGUUAGUAGAGACCGUAACUCUUCCGCAGUUUAACGAGUUCUGACGGUAACGAACCCGCAGAUUCACCGGAGACAUGUCGCACACCGUCAUCACCACGACAACCAGCACCAGGACUUCCGGGGAAAGCGUCUUCAACGCGGGCUACACCCGGACCAUCCCGGGUCUGCUCAAGAUGGGACAGAUGCUCGCUCUGCUCAUCACCUUCCUGUGUGUCCACUGUGCUCGGGGUUGGCCCAGGUGGGCGGCGUUCCAGUUCUUCGAGGUGGUGACGCUGUGGUUCCUCAUCGCCUUCCUCAUCUUCUUCCUCAUGCACCUGUUCAGGCUGCAGGCGAAGAUGCCGUGCAUCAACUGGCCUCUGACGGAGUUUUUUCAUUACUCCGUUGGCACCGUCCUCAUCCUCAUCGCCUCCAUCAUCGCUGCGGUGAAUAGUGGAUCCGUGUCGGCGCUGGUGGCCGGAUCGGUGUUUGGAUUCAUAGCCACGUUCUUGAUGGCCGUAAGUCUGUGGACGUCCUACAGUGUGACCUGUGGUCCUCAUCCCACAGGUUCUUCUGUGUAAAACAUCGACACGUCUCUGAGGAAGCCGACGUUUCAGCACCUGGAUACUUCACCUGUAACUCAGAGGUCACUAGUGCUGAUCCAGGACCAGCGUCGAUGUCCCUACAGUUAUUUCAGUUUGUCACUGAAUCGUCUCAAACCUCUGACGUCACAUUAAAAGGUGCUGAGUCUCACAUUUCAACCAUCGAUUGUAUCAGUGACACGUUUGAUAGACUCACGUUUCCUGUUAUUGUCACGACCACAUGUCCCAUCAUUCCUGCUGCUUCCCGCCCCUCAAACAGGGCGACAUGUUUUUUUGUCGUUCAUCAGCUGUGAGAGUGAAACGAACAGCGCCCUCUUCCUGUUGUGUGCUAUGAAGCGAUCUUGACAUUUUCCCUCCUGACAGUUUCUGUGUUCUCUCUUUUUUUAUUGAUUUGUUUGUUCAUGCGUUCACGUCCUCUGCUCUGAUCAGUUCUGAGCGACUCUUUUAAAAUCACGUUUCACAAUGAUGCACAGUAUAGCCCUGUUAGCCUGCGAUGCUAAUUUUUGCGAGCACACCAAAAUAUCUGCGUUGUCAUUCUGGUGUGCUAAUAAAUAUUACAAGCAGAUAUUUUAUAGAAAAUAGCGUGCAUGCUAAUGACUUUGUUAGCAUGCUAAAACAUUACUCAGGGGCUAAUAAACGCUAAAAACUGUAGCAUGCAGAAAAAUUCUUAUGAUAUGAAACAAUGAAAAAGAAAACAACAGCAUGCUAACAAUGCUGAGGACAAAACCGGGAUAAAUAAAAGUUUCUUUUUCUUAUUGUCAACAUAUUCGAUGUUCAGAAUCAAACCAGCGAUCAAUUCAUCUACAAACAAGUACGUCUCAAAAAAAUAUUCCCUGACAAAUACUCAACUUAUGGUGGGAUUGAAAAACCUGAGGACCCAGCUGUUCUCUAAAGAACUUUAAAAAACUUUGAAGAACUUUAAAGAACUUCAAGUUCUAUAUUAGUUCUGUUUCUAAUGUUUAACCAAUGGUAGCGGAGCGGAGAGAGGAGGACGAACAUGUAGAAUAAUGCGGUGACUUCACUGUCUUUGCUUUAUGGACAGAAUUUGCCAUUGAUUUGACAAAUGAAUGGAAAAAUUGUCCGUUAACUUUCACUGAAGUGGAGAAAAGUUCUCUCCCAUAAUGCAUCACUGCUACUCCCCAGUUUAGAGGACAUCCAUCAGCAUGUGUGAGGUCACUUCCUCUCCAACGUGCUGUUCACUGGUCAAAAAGACAGGACAGGCGUGAAUGUCCUUGGUGCUUUGAACAUUUCAAAUCAGAUUUUUAUCCCAUGAGGAAAAGACGAAAAGACAAAAGAUGAGAGCGAGUGGUUGAUGGAGAGAGAGAAGUUACCUGCUGAUGAAAUCUGCUGAAGAUUCACUCAAUAAUGAACUUUACCAAAAAAAAAAUCUUUAAAUGAUUUAUAAAAGUUUAUAUGUUCAGAUUAUUGUGGUUUAUAAAUGGACCAAUGAAAGAUCUGGAUCGGAAACAUUCAUGUUUGAUUAUUAAACAGGUUCACACAGAUGAAUUCACUAUUUCACAACUUGCACAACUUUAAACAAAGUGCAGAUUAAUACAAAGUGUUUGUGAUUCUGUAGAAAGAGAGAAAACAGAAAUAGAUAAAGAGCUGUCAUUGAGAGAAACGUGACAUUACUGAAUCAUCCUUUCAUCUGGAUGAAAGCACAGAUGAAGAACUUUUGUCAGAAACAUAGUGAAAAUAUAUCUGAACUCACAGCAUGUUAACUUUCUCUCUGACUGAAGCACAAUCAGGAGAAGCCUCACCUGAACUCUGCAUGUUUUAGUAUUUUCACUAUUCUUAUGACUUUCAAAUUGAUCUCUGCUUCUCAUCAGUGAGAGUAAAGAUGAAACACCUCAACAUUCAGUCGCAUUGAAUUCACAGUUUAUAAACGUGUGCACAUGAAUCUCCACAUCACAUGACCCUGGACUCCGUCGAUCUCUUAACCAAUCAGUUAAACAGAAAUCUUUUUAAUGACCAGCGCUGACUCGAUGCAGUGGAUUCAAACAAAGUUCAGUGAUUUUAAUUCUAGAAACUUCUCUGAUCAUUAUUCAAUCAGAUGUUUCUCAGACUGGAAAACACACAUCGACUCUUAUCAUGUUCAUUUUGUUUGAGGAAAAUAACUGGUGAGUUUUCACCUGAUGUUUUUCACACAUUAGAUUCAGGAUCGCCUCCAAAAUAAUCCUGUCUUUAGUCCUGAAAUCAAGAAGCGUGAAUUAGUUUGACUUUAAAACUCUUUUCUCUCUUCACGUGUUAAACGUUUCAGCACAAAUUGAUGCAAAAGAUCAAGCUUGAUUUAAACUUUUCAAAGAGACGAGACCACGAUUAAAAAUCUGACCGGACAUUUGAAACCGAACUCUAAGAACUUUACAUCCUGCUACGACACCAGGAAAUGAGCUAAUGUUGUGUGUAAGAGUUUGUUAGCUAGUAAAGUCUAACUUCUGAUCAAAGCAGAUCCCUUGUGUGGGGAUGAGGUCGAAUAACGAAGUACCAUCAGAAAUUGUCAAGUUUAAGUUUAAGUCAAAGUUUUUCUACAAAUUUUACAUCUUUCUAACUUUUUUAGCAUUUCUUUAUUUGACUUCCUUAAUGUGAAAGCAAAACAUUAUUCAUUUUGACAACGAUAAUAAUAAUUCUUUAAUUAACAGUGGAUCAAUUAGCUCAUUAAGCUAAACCUGCUCGUUGUGGAGGAAUCCAGUCACUUUGUUAACGUUCCCUUGUUUUUAAAGCGUGUGACACAAUUAUUUCCCAUAAUUCUGAUUCAGUGUUUAAACUAACAAGCUCAUUCAAGUCUAACUGGCAGACGGAGGUAGCUAUAGCUAAUUCUAUCGAAGCUUUACUGUAGCAUUACAGUCAAGGUGACAAGUCAGUGACGAUGAAAGUUCUAUUCGAGGAACUAGACUUUUCAAAAGGAUUUUCAAAAGGCAGGAGGCCAAACAAAGAACUUCAGGUGUUUGAAUUUUAGCAGACAGACAAGUUAUGGAGGUUUGGUCUCAUUAUUUCUGUCAAAUUCAUUCACACGAAUGUUUUUCUCCUGGUGCUAAAAGAAGCUGAAUGAAAAGUGUUUUCUCGCUGAUUGAUUGUGAAACUUUUUUGCCGUUUCCAGUUUAAAAGUGUUGAUGAUGAGAAACUGAAGUCUGCUCUCGGUCGGAGACGAUAAUCCUCAGUUUACUGCCUUAACUGUCAAUCAGAUGCCAAAAAAAGUGAGCGUGCUGCGUCCGAUCUUUCACUGACUGUGUCUUUAAAUUCCCUCUGAAGCAGCAGAGGAAACAGAUCAGAGGAUUUACGUCUAAUUGGUUAAAAAUCGACUGUUUCGCUUUGACUCUGUGGAAGUUUACGUUUACAUGACAACUUGUAAUGUAUUGAAGUCGAUUAUCGUGUUGAAGCGUCUGCACACUGGGAGAGAAGGUACCGGGCGUUUGUUUGAAGCCGUCAAGUGAAUCAUUCAACGGAAACAUGAUUGGAAACUCUUUUGAUAAUCGUUUUCAGCAAAACUGACAAUCACCCUGUUCCGUUAGCUUCUCCAGUAUGAGUCUUCUUUGUUGGACCAGGACGUUAAAGUUCUGGUUUGAAGGAACUCGAUGGGUCGGAUCGACGUGUCUCACGUUCUAAGACGACCGUGUUUGAUUCACGACCGAAACGUUCUCUACCGCUCUCUCACGAUCGUCGACUUUGAUCAGAAACAGUCCAGAAACCAAAUAGUUUGGCAGCGUGAACUUCUGACUUGAUUUUAAACCAGUGAAAGUUCUGGUUUGACUGAACUCGGGGGGUCGACGGUCCAGAAACUCUCAGUGUGUAGAGGUUUAACAUCCUGUUCAUCGGAUCAAAGCUGAUUCCUUCAGAGUAAAAGCAUUUGUGCGUUUGAAGUUUCCGUGACGGUCCAAGACGUUUCCAGCUGCUGUGUGUCUGCUGCUUUCAUUGGUUGUAUUUGUGUCUGGACCAGUUUGAAGCUUUAGUUCCAUUAGUGACGUGUUAUAAGCUGAUCCUGCUGCUGAUGAAUAUCAGAAGCUGAAGCACUUAUGUAGAAUCACUGGACAUUAUUCAUGUGUAGAUUUAUUUGAAGCUUUAUUUGAGCAUGUUUUCAUUUUUUUGUAUUUAUACACUUAAAUUUUUGAUAUAUCAAAUAUUUCCAUCAGUAUUUACCCAGAAUUCAGUUGUAUAGAAUUAUACUGUAUUUUGUAUUGACUCAUUUUUAUUUUUUGACUCUUUAGCUAUUUGAUUUUUUUUAUUGCCGCCUGGAGUCGUGUGACGAAUCAGAGCAAAUGAGUUUGAACUGCUGACGAUAUCAACUCUGACUGACUGUUGUGUUCUUCUGACUCCAGGUCAGACCAACACAGAUUGUUUACAUCCUUUAUUCCUGCAUGUUUGUAUUUUCUGAUGCUUCGUGACGCAAAGUGACCUGAUUUAAGGCCGUUUGUCCACUGGGCCGCAAAGGAUUCUGGGGAAUAAUCAGCAGUGUGGUGGCCUGUUAGUACUGAUGCAGUACGGCCUCAGAAGGAAGUGUGAUCUUGAAUGGACGUCUCACAAGAAAUAAAUGAAAAACAGUAGAAUUGAAUCUGUCCUGUGGAUCAUAUUUAAGUUUUGAAGUCACUGAAUGGUUUUAACUCUAAAUUUAUUUGAAUGUUAGGAAAGAAGAUCAGUGGAACUGUGACCUGAAAGAAAUCAGUACAAACACUUCAAAUCUGAAAAGUGUUUGUUGACGUCAGCGAGCGUUUCACUCCUCGAUUGUUUCAGUUCAGUCUGGAUUUAAAUAUCAGGUGUGAAAGGUUCCUCAGACCAAACGCUUCUGUUUUUAAAAAGGACUCAGCCAGUUUGUAUUUUCAACAUUAGUCCGACAGGUUUCAAUCAGUCUGUUGAGACGUCCGUUCAAACAUGAAGUCUCUUCUGUGAACAGACCCAGUGGACUCACACACGCUGAGAGUUCAGAGUGCAGAUCAGAGUUUUCUCCAAAGUGCCUUAAUGUUGUGUUGAAUUAUUGAUCGGUCCAUUACCCAGCAUGCUUUCAGAGAGGAGACCAGCGUCGCCCGACUCUGCUGGAGAAGUGAAGUGAUCAUGUGGUAGAAGAAGACAUGUCCACUGUUGUUAAUCAUCACAUGUUGUUCCUCCACUUUGUUUUCAAGUUUAAACUACAAGUUGUGAUUUUUGUGGCAUGUUGUAAAUUAAAGGCUCAUUGCACC